AUGGAACCCGGUAACCACAGCAGGGUGACCGAGUUCGUCUUGCAGGGGCUCUUGGAACAUCCCAACCACCUGGGGCUAUUCUUUGUACUGUUCCUGUGCCUUUAUUUGGCCGUCAUUCUGGGCAACUCCCUGAUCAUUGCGGCUGUGGUCCUCCACCCGCCUCUCCACACCCCCAUGUACUUCUUCAUCGCCAACUUGGCCAUGCUCGACAUCAUGUGCAGCUCCUCGGUUCUGCCCAAGAUGAUGGAAAACUUGCUGUGGGGGAAGAAAACCAUCUCCUUUGAGGGCUGCAUGGCCCAGCUCUUUGCCUUCACUAUGUCCGGGGCCACAGAGCUGAUGCUCCUGACGGUUAUGUCAUGUGACCGGUAUGUAGCCAUCUGCCAUCCCUUGCGUUACGUCAAUCUCAUGACUAAGAAAAUUUGCAUCACUUUAGCCACUGGUGUCUGGGCUGUUGGUAUCAUCAAUUCAUUGGUGAACACCUUGCUUACGCUGCGUCUGGAUUUCUGCGGGCCCAACCUCAUCCAGCAUUUCUUCUGCGAGUUUCCACCAGUCCUGGCGCUGUCCUGCAGCUCCACCUUCCUCAACCAAGUGAUGGUGUUCCUGGCAGACAUCUUCCUGGCCAUGGGGAACUUCCUGCUAACCGUCAUGUCCUACAGCUUCAUCAUUGUCGCCAUCCUGAAAAUCCGGAGCUCCAAAGGGAUGCAGAAAGCCUUCUCCACCUGUUCCUCUCACCUGCUGGUGGUCACCUUGUUCUACUCUUCCAUCAUUUACACCUAUAUCCGGCCAAGCUCUAGUUACUCACCGGAUAAGGAUAAGUUUGUGGCCCUCAUGUACACCCUGGUCACUCCCAUCUUGAACCCUUUGAUCUACAGUCUGCGGAAUAAGGAGGUGAAAGUGGGCUUCAGGAAAAUCUUCCCAUUGGCCACGAAACAGUUUUCCCAAGAGCAAACUUGA